UCGCGACUCUCGUAGUCCCCGUACACAAAUCUCAAGUAAACAUGACAACGGGGAUCAGGUGGCACUGCUUUCUUUUAGUGCAUUGCUUUUACGAUGAGAGAUAACGUUACUAGUAUCAAUAUGUAACCUGAUUGUAAUUCUGCAUUUAAUCAUUCCGUCUCCGUCCAUGUAACUUUUAUUUAGACGGCCAACAAUGGCACUUAAUUGGCGUAAGAAAGAGUACUUCCAGCUGCUGAUCAGCGGUGGGGAAGAUGCCCACGCAGCCCUUGAGCUGCUGGUCGAUGAUCUGCACAAGGACAAGCCUAGGACUGUAACUUCGUUCCUGGACCAUUGCGGUUCUGAAGAUUUUUUGUGGGGUUUGGUUUAUAUGCUACGUCAUAAGAAUACCAGGGUUGCGGGAAACUCAGCAUAUAUCCUUGGGACUCUAGCAGAGCAUCACCUUGGGCAAGCACGUAUUCUGGCCCUCAUUAGCGGUCAACACCCGCACACCAUCCUUGCAGACCUCAGCAACAUGCUGGAUUAUGACGACUCAGAAUCUGUGAUGAAUGCUGCUGGAACUCUUGGCACACUGGCAGAAACAGCUGAAGGUCGGGAAUGGAUGUUGAAGGAGCAAUGCAUUACUUCGACCGUAAGUAAAGUGAUGAUGCUGUUGUCGUCUGAAAACAUGUGGACAGCAAGCAAUGCAGCACUUGUCCUUGCCAGGUUGUCCAUUUCUGAGGAUGGUUGCCACCUAUUGCUGUGUCACCAACAGUCACAAGAACUUCUCACUCAGCUGAUUCAAUCCCUUGGAGUAGAUGAGGCUGGUAAAGGGAUGAAUGCAGCAUUUGCUGUGGGAAGGAUUUGUGACACAGAAGAAGGAAGACAAAAACUCAUACAGCACCAAGAUAUUUCAAAAAUGAUAUCCAGCCUAAGCAAUAUGCUCUCAAGUAAGGACCCAGGAUGCGGUAAGAAUUCAUGUUUUGCUGUCAGCUGUCUUGCUGGUAACAAGGACGGCCUUGCCCUACUACUUGGUCACCAAUGCUGUGAUGUCAUGCUGAGAAGGCUGGCAGAACAAUUGGACUCAAAGGAUGUAGAAACCUCUUGGUUUGCUGCAAUGACACUUCGGACACUUGCAAGUCAAAAGAAAGGUUGUGUAGUGUUGCGAGAUCAUUCCAUCAUUGUACCCGCAUUGAAGCAAAUUAAUAGCAAAACAGAACUAUCACAAGACCUUCGAGAUGAGGUUGAACUGACGUUGGAGCUGUUGAAAAAACUUGAAAAACCAAAUCCGCCCACGCUAGAGGUCAAAGGUCCCAAGGAGAUCAUGCUCACAUGGGAUACAGUGACUUUGAAAAGUGGACUUGAUGUUAUUUAUAAGCUUUAUUUAGAUUCUACUGUGCUCUACAAAGGUGCUAACACUAGCUUCCUUGCAACCAACCUAAAACCAAAUCAUUUAUAUUAUUUAAAAUUGCAAUUAACAACAGAUGGUGAUGAAAGUCCACUGAGUGAUGUGGUGGAAGUUGCCACUGAGGAAUGUGCGCCUGAUGCUCCCGAAGCUUUGCGUAUCCUGGCUGUUUCAACAUCACAGAUCAGGAUAGGCUGGUCACCCCCGGCGUUAAUCAAUGGCGGGUUGAAAGGCUAUGUUGUCUAUAAUGGUAAACAGCAGGUGGAAGUAACAACAGAACUUUGCUGUACCCUCAGUGCAUUGGCACCUAGUACCAAGUAUGAUAUCUAUGUGUGUGCUUUUAACCAUAAAGGGAAGGGGCCAAAGGCUUGGAUAUCAGCAGCAACUGGGGAGCUAGGUAAACAUGCUCCUGGAAAGCCAAUACUUAAUGUCAGAGGUCGUAAUGAGAUACAUUUGACAUGGUUGCCACCAGAAUUUCCUCUUGGUCGAUUACACAAGUUUGAAAUUACACUCAACGGCAAGGUGGUUUAUUCUGGAACAGAUUUAAGUUUCACAGCUCGUAGACUUGUGCCAAAUACAGAGUACACUUUUAAGGUGGUAGCAGUUACAAGUGAAGGCAGGUGUGAAAGUGAACCUGCAAAGAAGAAGACUCUUAAAGAUGAAUAUAAUGUGCAAUCAACAGCUCCAAUCUUCUUCAGUCAUCCACACAAAAGCACUGAUCAAGAUGCAGCAUCUAGACAGGUAAAACAGCAAAGCCAACUGCUGUCAAAAGGCAAUCGUAUUAAAACACCGUCUUCACAAAAGUCGAGAAACAAAGUUCGAUUAUUUUGGCAGCGAAAUGCACAUUCCUCUCCGAGUGAGUCUACAGAAUCAAGACCAUCUUCAGGCUAUUCAUUAAAAGACCAAUCUUUGGAUUCUACAGUUUAUUCAAGCUCUGACAGUGAUGUGAGAACGAGAAGCUCUUCCCAGAGAGAUAUGUAUUCUACCUCAUUAACACUAGAUAGUAAAUCAAGCUCUGCAGUGCCCGGAGGAAACCAUUUGCCUGAUGGAGAAAUCAAUCAGAAUCAUGUGCUUCAUUAUAGUAUAGAUGGAACAAAGAACACACCGCAUGGAGACAAUUCAUCGGAUAAUUGCAACCCGAAGAGCACUCAUUAUCAAGGUUGUGAAAUAACUAGUGAUUCUGAUGAAUCAGUUGAGGAUGAUGAACCCCAGAGUGAAUGGAAAGUUGUGAUUCGUAACAAAUAUGAGGCUGAAAACUCAGUGAAGAAGUCUCCUGCUGUUGAUAUGUCUGGUGAUGCACAAAGCUGUGGUGAACCAACUGCUAGAAUUCAUGAUAGUUGGAAUGAGAAAACUGGUGAGCCACAUGAUGAGGUUAAGCACAUGAAUAGACAGUCUCGUGAACAGGGAACAAAGCUAAGAAGCAAGCACAAGUUUAAUAAAUACACACCUGCCAGAGGCACUAUUACUGGACUACAGUCAAUAUUAAAGGAAACAACACUUUCUGAUAACUGUGGGGGUAGAAAUUCUCUGACAAAUAAAGAACCCAAGUCUAUGGAGCCAAUAGAAGAAACUGGGCAGAAUAAUGGAAAAAAUUAUGGAAAACUAAAGACAGAGACUGACAUGCAAGAGCAAGACAUGCAAAAGGUGUCUGUGGCCAGUGUUAAAGACAGACCAGUAGAUGGCAUACAUCAUAGAGAGCGACAACCAACAUUCCCUAUAAAGCACAGACAGUUUACAGAUGUUGAUAUUAAAUUGAGAAAGCAAGAAUUAGGAGGUAGUAUUACUAGCAAGAAAUACAGAACUUUCAGAGGCAACCAACAAGUAAAGAAAUUAACAAGGCUUCAGUCAUCAAGCAUAUCACAUGACAGCAAUCUUCAGGGUAUUGUUAAUAGAAGAGGAUCCUAUAGUAGCUCCAGAUACAGCCCAACAAUGAUGUCAGGAUCCCGUUUCAGAUCAGAAACCAAUUUGUCAUCAUUAGACAAGAUGCCUUCUGACACACAGGAGAAUGUUGACACAAAUGGGUUUGUACUGUCUGCUAAUGGUACGAUCAUAUACACAGAGGGUGAGCCUCAAAACCCAAAGUCAAAGGGUAAGAACUGUACGGUGGAACAACCAAUAAGAGAAGAGAUGGCUUUGGAAGAGGGAAAAUAUUUAUCUGGGAAUUUGUUCAAAGGCAAAGAGCCAUUGUCAAAGAAGACCCCCAACUUGUUUCCAUGGGAGAGGGAUGGAGUUCAAUUUCAGGAAUUACCAUAUGAAAGGUAUACAGAAUUAGAUAAUCAAAAGCAGAAGAAUCUUGCAACUUUACAGAAGACAUACUCAAAGCCAAUGAACUUUAACACUAUUGUUGACCCGCUGCAUGAUAAGCACUGCAACUCAGACCGUACAGUAUUUUACCAAAGAGCUCAGACAUUUAUGAGUAGCCACAGACCUUUGCUAAAAAAGACGCUGGAGAAACUUCCGUCGCAUGUGCCAGGAACUGGUCAAUCCGGUGGAACCAGUACAGGCACCAUGGAAUGUAAUCUUCCGCAACCUUUGAAUAAUAAUCGUUACCAGUUCAUCCCGAUGCAAUUCAGAACGCAACCUCUUCACAUGCCAGGCUCACCCCUACAUCCUGGUAACCCCAAUGGUAACCUGUAUGACAAAGUUUGGGAACUGGAGGAGGUUGAACAACGGCCAUCUUUGCCCCGUUCGUACACCUGCCCUUCUUUGGAGCCCUUAGAGAGUCCUGUUCUUCCACCCAUUAACACUGCUCCAGAGUGUGCAUACGUGAGGAAGUUGGAAGCUAUGUCAUACCUAUCAUCACAAAAGAUGCAAUCUGCACUGCCCUUACAGCCGUGCCGUCCGCCGGUCAUGCGGUACUCACAUCGGGAGAGCCCAACAUUACAAGUGGAUUCACCAAAAUCACGGAGUACCUCCGGCCUACUUACUGAUGCAGCUCGUUGACCAAGGAAGGAUAGAUUUGCCACAAGUCUCAAUUUUUUUGUUUUUUCCUAGUGUUAAAAACUUUCAAAGGGUGCCACCAAAGUAUAGUAUGGAAUGCCAUGCAAAUAAGUAAUAUGGAACACCAUUGGUGCCAAAAUCGAUUUAUUUUUAAUAGUUUUCAGUGAAUAAGAAAAAUCCAGUCUAAAGGAAGGACUGCAUUUACAUACAACUCCAAAUAACUUCAUCUACAUAUUGUACGUGUAAGAUUUCUUGUGAUGUCGAUGGGUGCUUGUCUAUAAUUUCCACACUAUAUAAUAUAGAAAUGUGGCUAAUUAUAAGGGUGGGGUAUGUUAGUGCAACUUAAGUAAAUGGUUAUCACCUGUCUACCAAAAUUUGAUAGAAGUUUAACAUUUGAGGCAUGUUGUGGCAAAAUGGCCAAGUUGUAGCAAAAAUUGAUAUUCAGAUUAUUGGUAUUUUCAGAUACUUCAGUAUGUAAUCGUAAAAAUGAGGAGUCAUUCACUGACAUUGGAC